AUGUCUGCAGAAAUCAAACAGCUAGCAAGUGUUUGUGAUGCCUGUCAAACAUUUGCUAAAGCUCAUAAGAAAGAAACACUCAUAACUAUAGAAGCUAAAGCACCAUGGGAAAUUGUUGGUGUUGAUUUAUUCUCAUGGAACAACAAAGACUACCUACUAACAGUUGACUAUUUUACUGGAUACUGGGAAGUUGACCUUCUUAAGAAAACUGACUCCCCUGCAGUGAUUAGGAAACUGAAACAACACUUCUCAAGAUAUGGUGUUCCUGUACAACUAGUCAGUGAUGGAGGACCUCAGUUUGAUGCCAAAGAGUUUGAGGACUUUGCUUAUGAAUGGGACUUUGAGCAUAAUCUAUCUUCACCUGUGCAUCCAAAUGCAAAUGGAAAAAUUGAGUCUGGGGUAAAAGCAGCAAAGGCUAUGCUCUCAAAAUGUGCUCAAGACAAAACAGACCCCCAGCUAGCACUCCUUGAGAUAAGAAACACACCAACUCAAGGAGCAGGAAGCAGCCCAGCCCAACGCCUUCUCAAUCCUCGAACUAAAUCUAUAUUACCCAUGGCUGAUGUACAACUCCAACCUAGGGGAAUGGAUUUUCUGAAGGAGGACCGGUGUCGGCUCAAGUUGGAACAACAACGACAGUGUAAGAACUAUAACAAGAAUGCUAAGGAUCUUGGAAUUUUGCAAGAGGGGGAUACUAUCAGACUGAAACCUUUUAGAAAAGGCAACAAAAAAUGGGAAAAGGGUGUGGUUGUUAGGAGACUCGAUGAAAGGUCGUAUGACAUCGAAACGCCUUCUGGGAAGUAUAGAAGAAACCGAAUCGAUCUAAGGAAAACUUGGGAAACUCAACCUGAAUCGUCGUCAAGGAAACCAGAAGUAGUACCACCACCCGUGGAAAUGGAAUCUAGUACUACCUCCCAAUCACUAGAAACACCAGUGCAAGUGGAAACACCUAAUGCGGUUGCUGAGGAACAGACACCACCUAUAAUACCCAUACGGAGAUCCUCACGGACAACUACGCAACCAAGCUACCUUAGGGAUUAUAUCACGAGUUAA